UGUACAUUAGCACAGUGUUUGGACGCAAUGUUGCAGUGCAUUGUGGGACUUAAUAAGGACGUGGUAUGAUUGUACAAUAUCGUGUAGUCUACUUACAUAAAACGACUAAAAUGUGUCCUUGAGCUCGUUGAUAGCCUAUCAUUUAGACUGCUUGUACUCAUUAUUUAUAGAAUUUCUCAUGGUUUAAAAUUGAUCAUAGAAAGCUUUUUUUUCCCCAGGAACAAAUUUCUGUCGAUUAAUUUGUUAUAGAUCUGAUGCAUUCAAUCCAAAUCUGGCAACCAAACAACUAGCCCUAUCGCAGCCCUAUAAGUACGACACCUGUGGGGGGAGGUGUCGAGUCUUCAAAUCAGUGCAUCUGGAGGUGUGGGUCAGUUGGGCAAGGCGUCCUGAUCUGUGGAAGGUGGUCGUUUUUGGGGGUUUGGGUCGUAAACCAGUAAUUAUUCCAUCUGGGUUUGUGUAGCAGCCAUCCAUUAUCAUCAGUGUUAUAUGGAAGUCGGCAACGCCUAAAACUCAACAGAUUUUCAUUCCACUUGUCCAUGUAUUAUCUUUUAAUAGUUUUGAGUUGUUUUUAUCUACUUGCAGUGGUGAUGUAACAAGUGGCUUUGAGUUCUUCACACUGGCCUUUCUGUAUUAUUGGCUCCAAAAGUAUGCUGUGGUCUUCAAUAACAUGUAUUUCUUCUGUUUUGAAGCAUUUGUGAUCUCCACUACUUUAUCUAUACUUCUAAAACAUCUUGUAUGCUUACCACUUUUAAAAUUGAUGGCGGCAGGAGCAAUUUCAACAUUCGUAAAUCUGUUAACAUGUAACGUUCUUGGGUAAACAUUUCUGUUUAGCCUGCUGAUGCAGAACUGUGGGGUGGUGUUUUAUGAACACUUUUAAACUUUUGCUGACUGCUGCAAUUUAAUGGAACUGAACUGGUACACAUUGUUCAUCUUUGUUACUGAACAGCCAGAAUGAUGAGCCAAGCAGAAUAUGCACAGAUCUUUACUGUGCUGUCAACUGGUUAAACAAAUUAAUUAUUAUUGUCAUCAAUAUACUGUACGUGAUUGUAGUGGGAUAAAAUGUUGAGCAUACCAUUCAGGCUAAAGUACAAUAGUAAAGCAAGUGUCCAAACUAAAGUUCUGGUAAAAACAGUGCAGUGCAAUAAAUGCAGAGCCUGUGCGUUAUGUAUAACUUUGCUACCAGCACCCACUGUUUGCAUAAUAUUAAAAUACUAAAAGGAGACUUGGACAUAUGUGGAUAAGCAAAUGUUAUGCAUUCUAAUAGUUACAUUGUUAAAAUGGUUCUUGAUUUUAUUUGUUAGAAAUGUAUAGCUAUUGUGAUUUAGAGCAGUUUGUAUUUCACAAAUGUGGUUAUUAAUUAGCUGGCUGCUAUCUAAAGAUACUAUGUGUAACUAUAUGUAAUAUGUAACCUCUGAUGGACUCAGUCCACACUGAAGAACAUGUAAUAUUUUAGCUAUGGUUGCUACUUGCCAUCAGAUUAAUCCACAACUGAUGUUAGCAAGUGUAUGUACUUUACAGGAGUAUUGAAGUAGCACCUAAGGUUGUAACCUGAUGCUUAUUUUGACCUAAAUUUUAGGCUUUCCAGUGUACUGCAAGAAUUUUUUUUUUUUUUUUUUUUUUUUUUGUUUUGUUGCUCUACUGGGUUAAUCCUGUUGCUACUUCUAAUGUAUAAUGGAAAAAUAAAUAUGUACUGAGGUUUUAAGUUUGUUUUUGUGCCUGACCUAUGAAAUUUUUGUAUGUACUUGCGGUGUGUGUGGCUGGAAUAGCUCUGUCAGGGAACAUGUUAUGUAGUAAUGUUUGGUAUACAAGUUAUUGGGGAUAUUAAUAACAAUGUUCUGAUUGAAUAAAGCUAAUGGAAAGUGCCCUGCUAUUUCCUUCUGAGCUUAAUGUUAACAUAAGUUCCCUAGUUAGCGUGACACUGAUGAAUGGUGGUGCUCAUGUGAUGGAGCAGAAGCCUGGGUUAAUGUUAAAGCCACAGCAAAUAAACAUCACAAGAUUUAGACAUGUUCAGGUUAUUUUAUGGACCUGUGUAUACGUGUUCACCUGCUAUUGCUUACUCCUUAUGUUGCCUUUUAAUGAUCAGUUGAAGUACAUGCAUCACAUGCAAUGUGCUAGUAUUUGUGUACAAAGUAAUUAUCCCUGGACAAUUCAUAGCCCAAUGUACUGUAGUAGUCUAGCAGGAAGAUACUGACGAAUGCAAUUGAACUUAUCAGCUAGUGACUGUCAAUAGACUGAUUUUGAUGAGGCUGAGAAUCGGAAGGCAAGUAGUUGGAAUAAGAUUAACUGGAUUUAAUUGGCCAACCUUUGACCAUGGACAACCUUUGACCAUGAAAUUCUUAACACUUCUCAAUACACUGAACAGCCAAGCACAUCAUCUAAAGGUGCCCCUACCAUGUCAACAGAAGUACAGCCUGUGCCUGUAGCCCCUGUAGGACCCACCGCUGAGCCUACACUGCCAGCUGUGGUCAAUGAAACCAGCACAGUGGUAACUGAAAACCCUACGGCCACAACCGCAGCUUCAACACCAAUCGCAAGCAAAUUUUUCUCAAGAGAGAAGAAGAGAGCUCCAGAGAAGACAGAUGAGUACCUGCUGGCCAGGUUUCAAGGUGAUGGUGUUCGAUACAAGGCCAAACUGAUUGGCAUUGAUGAUGUGCCUGAAGCCAGAGGGGACAAAAUGAGUCAGGACUCCAUGAUGAAACUGAAGGGCAUGGCUGUAGCUGCUCGUUCCCAAGGCAAACACAAGCAAAGAAUUUGGGUGAACAUCUCUCUAGAGGGAAUUAAGAUAACUGAUGAAAAGACUGGGGUGAUUGAACAUGAGCAUACAGUGAACAAGAUCUCCUUCAUUGCUCGUGACAUCACAGAUAAUCGGGCAUUUGGAUAUGUGUGUGGGGCAGAGGGCCAACAUCAGUUCUUUGCUAUCAAGACAACUCAGCAGGCACAACCACUGGUCAUGGAUCUGAAGGAUCUAUUCCAGGUGAUCUUCAACACAAAGAAGAAAGAAACUGAAGCUACACAGAAGGAUGGUACCAGUACCAUUGUUGAGAAUGGAAGUGAUGCAUUGCUCAGUCUGGAUGGUCAGGUAGAGGCAGUAAAAAAUGUGGAACAGACGGACCUUUUUGGAGAUAUGUCCACACCCCCAGAUAUCAACUCUCCCACGUCUCCUGGAAAUGAAAUGUUUGGGGCCAAUAUAUUUGGAUCGCCAGCUCAGGGAGAGGGUCCACAUACGGCUCAAUCCAGCUCUUCUAUUCCAGCAGAUCUGUUCAACCCUACAACCACUCUUGCGUCAAUGUCAUUGGGACCACCAUCUGUUCCUCAAGCUCUUACGACAGGUCCGUGGGGCCAACCAGUCCUGUCACUGUUUCCUCAGCAGGGCUCUGGCCCCCAAGUACCAGUCCAAGGUGCACCAUUAAAUUCUCUUCCCCAGCCCUGUGCGUUUGGGGGAACACCAGUACCUCAGUGGGGACAGCAGAUGCCCUCUUCUUUUGCCACUCCAGCUGCCACUCAAGCUUGGGGAAAACAAGCAACCACAGCAGCCAUGAGUGCCUGGCCCCAAUCUGGCACUGUGUCCAACCCCUUUCAGCCCAGUGCAAUUCCUCCCAUGAUGACUCUUCCUGGAGGAAUAACAGGGCAGGCAUCUUCAGGGGUCCCUCCACUGCCUCGCCGGCCACCUCCUGUAAAAGAAGAGGUACCUGCUGUUAAAAAUGCUUUCACAGCUUUGGACCCCCUUGGUGGGAAGGAACAGAAAACCGGGAAGGAUAUGUUCAAAAACUUCCAGAUUGCAAAACCUGGAAGUGUCCCCCUGUCAGGCCCAAACACCAAUGGCACAUUUGAAGAGUACUUUUCCAACAAAGUUGGUUUAGCCCAGGAAGCAGCUGACCAUGAUGACUUUGACAUUAGCCAGCUCUCUGCCAAAUCGAUUGAGCCUCCUAAACCUGCUCUUCAGCAUGCCUCUACAACUACUGCCCCAGCUCAGGCUCAAAGCUUGACCCCGUCCUUGACAGGAGUGUUCCUGGAUGCUGCUUUCUCUCCUAAUUCAGCUCCAACCCCAUCAGGCCCAGAUCCUUUACCAGCUGCCAAUCUUUUUGAUGACACUUUUGGAAGCAGCUUUUUAGCACCACCUACAAAUACAGGUGGUCCAGCUACACAGACCACUGUAAAAGCUGAUACUUCUGUAGACCCCUUUGGAGGAAAUCCUUUUGCCUAACCUUUCUCAAAUCCUGCACUGUUCAGAAAGUGGGAAACCAUCUGCAGCAGUGUCUGCUCCACUGUCCACACUGUCUUGCAUGUUUCUUUUUUUCUCUUGUAUCUGAUCUCAGGUUGGUUUCUCUCUCAUUAAAUUGACUUGAUCCAUUUCCCAGCGUUACAAUCGCUUGAAGAAAAUACAAAUUGUGGGAAAUGAAAAUGACUGAGGUGAUGAGAAGGAGUUGGGUAAAUUGGCAUAGAUCUUAUGUUGAGAAAUUUCAAAUACUUACUGGAUGCAAGAUGCUGUUUUGUCUGAAAUUAAAGUAAGCAUGAAAUGA